GGCAGCCGGUAAGGCCCCCGGGAGGCGCGGCGCGGGGGCGGGGCCUGCUGCGGGCAGGGACGUGGCCGGAGCGGCCGUGUAGGAGCGUGUGUGGGGCCGUGCCGACCCCCCGAGCCAGCGCCGCCGCCGCCGCCAUGCCCGGGCCCAACCCCAGCGCCACGAGCGUCGGUUCCUCCGGCCGCUCCCCCAGCAAGGCCGUGGCUCCCCGCGCGGCGGGCUCCACCGUCCGGCAGAGGAAGAAUGCCAGCUGCGGGACAAGAAGUGCAGGCCGUGCCACUUCCACGGGUACUGGUGGGAUGUGGCGAUUCUACACUGAAGACUCCCCGGGGCUCAAAGUUGGGCCUGUUCCAGUUUUGGUCAUGAGUCUUCUUUUUAUUGCUUCUGUGUUUAUGCUGCACAUCUGGGGUAAAUACACUCGUUCAUAGACUCAGCUGCCAACUUAAAGCAUACAUCUUGGACCAAAAAUAUGGUGGAUCCUGGUUGUUCUUGGAGAGAGACUGGGGAAGCUUCCUAUCACCUGUUGAAGUUCUGUCAACUUUGGCUCUAAUACCGAAUGAGUUUCUCGGUUCGCUAUUUGGGCAGGUUUAAAGUCUGUCAUGGGUCAUUGUGUAUUUGUAUCUGUACACUUAGAAUACAGGUAUUGCAAUAAAAGUUGUAUAUGGAAAUAGAAA